AUGGAGCUCUUGUUACUUCUCCUCCUUGGCUUCGCUAGCCUAUCAGUUGGCGAAUAUGCCCAGGAAGACAUCGACUCAGGCAAGGUCCUUCGUGAUCUAAGCCGUGAGGCCUACCAUAAUGCAUGGGCUCGCUUGGAAGGCAAGACCGAAGGUUGCACUCAGGAGAAUGUGAGGGUCCGCAAAGAAUGGCGAGAUAUCCCGGCCAAGAAGCGAAUUGACUUUGUCAGGGCUGUCAACUGUCUGAUGAGCAGCGAGAGCCUGAACCCCGACCUCGAAGGCGCGAGGUCUCGUUUCGACGACUUUGGUGUCCUGCACCAUCAAGUCAGCAACUACGUGCACUUCUCGGCCUCUUUCCUUCUGUUCCAUCGAUACUUCACCUGGGCGUAUGAGGAAGCCCUCAGGAACGAGUGCGCCUAUGAAGGUCCAUUUCCCUACUGGAACUGGGGCUAUGACGCCCAUGACGUGGAGUCGUCCCCUCUUUUCGACGGCUCGGCGACCUCUCUUGGAAGCAACGGCGGGUGCCUCAUUAAGGGACCCUUCUCGAACCGGACCGUCAACCUGGGUCCCGGUUCUGGCCCGGAUCCUUAUCGGUACAACCCACGGUGUAUUCGUCGGGACCUAAACACCGCCAUUGCAUCGGCCUGGACAACCCACCGCAACACAACAGAUCUCAUCCUUGACAGCCCGAACGUCGAGUUGUUCCAGGCUAUCAUGCAGGGAGAUACGAGGUACCCGGAAUCAAGGGGCUUGGGUCUGGCCGUCCAUGGAGGCGGACACUUUGCCAUUGGCGGAGAUCCCGGUGGUGAUUUCAACUGGUCACCCUUGGAGCCGGCAUUCUAUCUUCACCAUGGACAAGUUGACCGACUCUACUUCAUCUGGCAAAACCUCGAUUGGGAGAACAGACAGAACAUCUCCGGAACGGCAACUAUGUACAACAGACCCCCUAGCGAUGAACAGUCCCUCGACGAUGUCAUGGAUAUUACGCCGCUGGAAGAAGCUCGGACGUUCAGGAAGCUGAUGGACACUAUUGGCGAGACGCCCUUCUGUUUCUUGUAUGACUGAUGCCUGAAAAAGCUUGAGGGCGAUUCUGCGAGGGAAAAGUCUGCGGGGACAAGUAAUGGGAGACACGGGACGUCCACAGGGCACUUGUGGAGGGAAAGGAAAGGAAAAAAGGACCAAGUAAAUGCCUUCUAUCCAGGCACGGUGUUUGUAAAUCGCGGAUGAUAUCCGCCGCCAUGUGGCGAGCGGCUCAGGGGUCCGAAGCCCCCUGAGAUGACGGAACUGUAUGUGUGUGGAAAAGAAAGGGAAAACUAUAUUGUUAACCUUAUUGAUAGCAGCUCAAAGCUUAUUAAAUCAUAUAGGCG